GGAACAGCAGGCUCACAAAGCCUGACGUAUUCAGCAAACAGUAUAGGACUGGGUUGCAACAUCAAACAAGAAGCAUAUAACAAUCACUAACCACUUACUGCUUAGGCCAGUGAAAGAAAAUGAUAUAAAAUAUAGUAUGUACCAUUCGUCAAUUACUGAACAGUAACGGAGUUUUUAUUUUUUUGUUUUAAUUAUUAUUAUUAAAUAGGGCGUUGCAGGAAUAAUAUUAGGUGACAUCUCCUUCAUCAUCAAGAUGAAUACACAUUAGGAGCCAGACAUGGACGAUUAAACAUGCUGCAGCUACAACUUAAUACGGCUAAGAGGAUGUUUUAAAAGCAGACGACGGCGACGAUUGCAAAGUGGAAUUGGCAUUGAUCGGUUUCGAAAAUGCGGGGUCUCGGGUCAAUUUGUGCAGGUGGAUGGCUGACCUGAUGCUAGUCUGCUGCCGCGGUAUACCACUACGCUUUAUUAAUAUGAUAACUGUGAAGACUUGGGAGUAGAAAUCAGUGAUCGGGGAGAGUGUGAAGCCAUGCUGCCCGGGGUUGGGGUGUUUGGCACCAGCUUGACUGCCAGGGUGAUCAUCCCCCUUUUGAAGAACGAGGGCUUCUCGGUGAAGGCGCUUUGGGGACGGACCCAGGAAGAAGCAGAGGAAUUGGCUAAGGAAAUGAAUGUGCCCUUUUACACUAACAGAAUAGACGAUGUCUUACUGCACCAGGAUGUGGAUUUGGUCUGCAUAAACCUCCCGCCCCCCCUGACCAGACAAAUUGCAGUCAAAACGCUGGGCAUCGGCAAGAAUGUGAUUUGUGACCGAACGGCCACCCCCCUAGAUGCCUUCCGCAUGAUGUCGGCAGCUCACUACUACCCGAAGCUGAUGAGCAUCAUGGGCAAUGUGCUGCGCUUCCUACCGGCCUUCGUCAAGAUGAAGCAGCUGGUCGAGGAAGGCUACGUUGGGGAGCUGCUGGUAUGCGAGGCGCAGGUUCACAGUGGGAGUCUGCUGGGGAAGAAGUACAACUGGAGUUGCGACGACUUGAUGGGAGGUGGCGGGCUGCACUCAGUGGGCACCUACAUCAUCGACCUGCUCACCUUCCUAACAGGGCAGAAGGCAUCCAAGGUGCACGGCUUCUUGAAGACCUUCGUCAAGCAGACAGACCACAUCAAGGGCAUCCGGCAGAUAACCAGUGACGACUUCUGCACCUUUCAGAUGGUCCUAGAAGGGGGGGCCUGCUGCACAGUCACCCUCAACUUCAACGUGCCUGGGGAGUUCAGACAGGAGGUCAUCUUAGUAGGCUCAGUGGGCAGACUCAUUGUCAGCGGGACUGAUCUCUAUGGCCAGAAGAAUGAUGCCUUCCAAAGGGAGCUUCUUUUAAAGGACUCCACUCCGCUGGGGAAUGCCUUGUUGCCUGAAAAGGCCUUCAGCGACAUCCCAUCGCCCUACAUCAUUGGCACCAUCCAGAUGGUGCAGGCUGUUCGACAGGCCUUUCAGGACCAGGAUGAUCGCCGCACUUGGGACGGGAGGCCCUUGACCAUGUCUGCCACCUUUGAGGACUGCCUGUACGCUCUGUGCGUGGUGGACACCAUCAAGAAGUCCAACCAGACUGGCGAGUGGCAGAACAUUGUCAUCAUGACUGAAGAACCGGAGAUCAGUCCUGCGUACUUGAUCAGUGAAGCCAUGCGGCGCAGCAGGGUGUCCCUCUACUGCUAACUUUCGGGAGGGGAGAAUUAAAGGAUAUAAACAUAUUAAAGGAUGUAAACAUAUAUAUACACUGUAUGCAGGAAAUAUAUGCAGUAUAUGUGUUGGUGAAAAUCACAUUAAGAUAAUGGAAGGAAUUUGAAGGAGUUCAACCACAGGCUGGCCUCAGCCAGUGGAUAAAUUGGUAUGCAAGAGGCUCAGGUUUGAUAAUCAAACUGAGUGAAAGAAGCUCUUUCCUGAAGCAUCUGGGGAAAUCUGACACAUUGGCAAAGUUUCUGGCAGGAAUGCUCCAUGACUGAAGUAGGAUUGUUUAGAGCUGCUUGCAUACCCCCAAAGGAUUUACUAAUAUUGAUAUGUGUGGGUUGUGGCUCAACUUCAAGUAGCAAAUUAAAAGAGCAAUACCAUUUUUUUGUUUCAGAAUCAACCUCAUCCCCUUCAUCUGUGAGCUUGCACUAAACCAUCAAAAACACAUAAUUCGGGUAGUUUUAAAUGCAAAACAGGCCAGGGAUAGCAAAGGAUCCAGUGGUACAGCACUUGCACUUCCCUCAACAGGUGAAGGUUAUCAGCUCUUGAGUUGAACAGCUAACCCAUUGCCAUAUUCACUAAUACACAGGAAACAAAGCAUAUGUGAAACCUGGCUUAUUUUCCUAUUACAAUAGAUGUCUCUGGGGUUGUUCAGGUCAUUUUAGACAUUUAAUGAACAAUUCUCUAUGGCACAGUUCUUAAUGUCAUAUAAAUCAAUUAAAAUAAAUUCCCUUUGAAAACAAUUAUUUUUACCUUUUUAUAUUUAUUUUCAAGUAAAUUACAAUUUUCUUCUAUACAAAAAUAAAAUCAACUUUUAGAAGGUUUUUAGCCUAUUUAGAAGGGUUUCAACAGAAGUUUUAAAAUAAUAUUCAUUAUUCAGUCCAUGAAUGGCUAAUAUUUAUUGGCAUGAUCCCUAAUAUCUACCUUCAGCAGUGCAGCUCAUCGCUCAAACCACUAGGAUGCUAUUACACUUUGUGCCUCUCCAUUGCCUCAAGGAUCCAGAUAACUUUUUCCUGCUGAUAAACUUGGUAAUCCUAAAAAAAGGACUUACCAAAUUAGGUAGGGUUCUUUUGAUGAUCUCUCCUGUGCUUUUAUUGAGAGUUGUUUUGUAGACCCCUGUGAAGUCAUACACAGUGGACUGAUAUAUUGUAGCAUAUGUCUUGCAGCAUUAGAAUUUAUCCAUUUUGGGUAAAGAUUAUAUUGAGUUUUAUUUUUUUAUGUGAUUUCUAGUCACAGUGAAUUUGCUACCUCCUGUAUGGUUUUGCCCAGGGAUGUCACUUCCCCAUGAAUUGCCUUUAAACAUGGUAGAAGUAGAACCACUAUUGGAGACUAGGAAUGCAAAUAUGGAUGUACCAUCAUGAUUUCAGGUUGCCGGGGGCUCCCGAGUGGCGCAUCCGGUAAAGGCGCGCUCCGUGUGGAGUGCAGGAUGUGCUCUAUAGCCUGGACGUCACCGGUUCGAGUCCAGGCUAUUCCACAGCCGACCGUGGACGGUCGGCCAGGGUGUCCUCUGCUCACCGCGCACCAGCGACCCCUGUAGUCUGGCCGGGCGCCUGCGGGCUUGCCUGUAAGCUGCCCGAGAGCUGCGUUGUCCUCUGACGCUGUAGCCUUUGGGUAGCUGCAUGAUGAGUCCACAGUGUGAAAAAAAGCGGUCGGCUGAUGGCACACUCUUCGGAGGACAGCGUGUGUUCGUCUUCCCCUUCCCGCGUCAGCGCUGGGAUGGUAGCGGUGAGCUGAGCCUAAAAAUAAUUGGCCAUUCCAAGUUGGGGGAAAAUAAUAAAAAUAAUUGGCAAUGACUAAAUUAAAAAAAAAGAUUUCAGAAUGGUUGGUGGCCGAAUAAUGUCAAAUAUUACCAGGAGGGAUUUACGUCAAUUACAGGAUAUAAAUCCCUUUGCCUCAUGAGAUUGCAAACAUUGUGUUAGUUGUGCCUCCUAUCCCUGAUGUGCUGUUGUUUAUGCACUAGUAGUUUUACAUCAGUCGAGCUUGAUUCCAUUUUCCAAAUAAUUAACUGUUUUUCCAUAUUAAUUCUAAAUUCUGACUUCUUAGUUCAUGGGUUUCAUUAAGAUUUAAAAUUAAAAGACAUGGCUAAGAAGCUAAGGUUUUAAUAUUAGCUUCAAUCAAACAAGCAUACAUUUUUUUUCAGUCAGUGCUUUCAAUGAACUUGGAUUCUCUUUUAAAUUCAGUUGUCAGAUUGAAUAGCUGUACAAUUCAAAAUGUCAAAGAGCUUUUCACUGGAAGAGCAUAGGCUUUUUCAGUUGAUUACAUGUGUGUUUUUUAAAGGUUUCUUAAGAUGGGGCACAGCAGCUAGGCAACACCAUGACUUCUUCAAGUAAGAAUCCUAACUACUAUAAAUGUAGCAUAUGGAGAACUUACUGGGUGCAGUCUUUAUCCAAUUGAUAAUGGAGUGCAUGAAAAAAAGCUGUCUUUGCUUAAAAUGUUCCUUGGAUUAAAUCUGCACAGGGAGACUUUCAUCUGUGUUCUUAAAGGCCAGAAUUUAGGUAUGUGAUUUUGCUUGACCAUGAAGUCCUUCCAGUAGCGGCAGACGUUAGGCCUUGCAUGCUUCCAAUCAAACAUCAUUUAAACUCAUUCAUCCAUAUCAGUGUGAUGGAAAUAUCGACACGAUAUUAAUGGAACUGUUUUAAAACUGAAGGGAAGGUAAACAUUACAGCUUGAAGCAGUGAACUACUGUAUUGACAUCCAUGGGCAACACAUGUGCUGUACUCCCUGAUAAACCAGAGAGUUGUAAAGCAAAACAUCCGACUACCAGAGUAUAAGAAAACAUUAUUGCUAACUUGCUCCUCCAGGGGCAGUACAGUGCUGCUACAUCUGAACCAGAGAGUGACAUGUCUAAAUCCUGAAUUUAUCUAUAAAAACAUAGAUAUGGUUCCUUAUUGUAUUUACAUAUUUAUGCAGGAUGCAUCAUGAUGAGAUGCAAAAUGCCACUUGUAGAGUAGGUGAAACUUUUAAAGGUGCUGUGACAACAAAAAUGUAUUUCUGAAUCCACUUUGUAAAUCGAUUGUGUCUCCUGUUUUAACUUUAGUAUCCUGUCCUUCAGUCUCAGCAUAAGGAUUUCCCCUCACAGAGAUGGAGCAGAGAGCACUGGAGCUCAAGUUCUGGCCUAGAGUGGAGAGCUGUCUUUUUGAGUUACCGAUACUGCUUGUUGCAGCACAGUAGUUCUUGCAAGAGUCCCUAUGAAAGUGCUGACCAGGCUCAGCUGUGCUUAGCUUCUGGUAUCAAAUGAGGUGGUAAUAUAAAGCCCCUUUAACACUCCUACCCGGAUCCAGACCUGGGUCCUGGCUACCCGGGUCAUAGUGUGAAACCACGUACCUGGGUCGUACCCGGGUUAACCCAGUUCCCAGCGACCCACCUCAAGAUGUGGGUUGACACGCUGGACUGAGCGAGACAAAAUGCUUGACGGCCGUUCGUGAGCCUAUGCAAUAAUAAACAGCCACGCCUGCGUGAAGGUUUCACUUCCGCAAGGAACAUUUCAGUUUAUUCUGCUUCCGGGGCAUUGAUACGAGUAUUGUGCACUUGCGUCUGUCACCUAGGUCAACCCUACUUUAUCAAAAACAUGCCAGUGUGAAAGGGGUUUAAUGAUACACUCAGGCUGCAGGCUUCCCAUUGGCAAAUGUAGUCAUCAGAUUGCAAAGAAAAAGCAAAGCCCCUACACAGUACUGAAAAUAAUAGAGUAACUGUCCCUGGUACUCUAUGCAAAAUUGCCCAAAGACAUUUUACUUUCCCCUUCUUUAAUUGAUGCAUUUUAAAUGUACAUACAUGAGUGACAUGGCCCAACAUUCUCUGCAAUAUAUCUCUAUUCCCCACUCAGCGGACUAUGGAAACGAGCAUGAAUACUUAAAGGGCUACACAGAAUACACCUCUUCAAAUAAUCUUUCUGAUGCAUGGCUUUCCCUGUUGUUGCCACUGCAUAAGGGACAGAAAAAGUUGUGCUGUUUUCCUGCUUUACGAAAGAGAUUAGAGAGGGCCUCUUGAAGGGUAAACAUCUGUGAAUGUGUCAAGGUUUAACAGUCGGAGCAAUGCUUAGGGAAGUAUGAACAACUAGCAAUAAUAUAUGUACUGCAGAGAAAUACCAAAUUGAGAACUACAUUUAACUAUAUCAAUAUACUUAUUUCAGGCACCUAAUUGAGGCAGGGGAGAGGGGCAUGAAGCACUUAAAUUAACAGGAUGCCUAAUCUUUGUUAUGAGUGCCAUGGCAAGUAAUUGAGCUGCUAAAAUACCUUUUAAAUGUGCAUACGUGUGUGCUAUCAGUAGCUAUUAGCACUCUUAAGUGAGUACCUUCAAAAAGUAUAGUUUAUGAGUAGGGUUGCUUGUCUCCUGUUGCAAACAGUUUGGCAUCCUUCAUAAUCUCACAAUUUAAAAUUAGACAGGAGUGCUUACCAGAGCUCUUCAAGUUGGUAAAUGUUGAAAAUUCUGCAACAACUCAAUGAUUACUUGUGUAGAGAUAAGCAUAGACACAGUCUAAAACCUCAUAAUGCUGUUAAAAACUCCCUUAGAACACAAAACUUUUAAUGAAGUGUUGCAAGUCUACCCUCAUUUUGCUAUUUAGAAUAUGAUGCACAAUCAAUGCUGUACUGCUAAGCACUACACAGAUAUUGAUUGUGCAUGUCAAAUAAAUUAGAAACAUCAUUUAUUAGAAAAAAAAUAGGAAAUGUAAAUCUCUUUUUUAUAUUAUAAUCUUAUCUAAACGUAAUUUUAGCAUCUAGUGUAUGGUAAAGUACCUUAUUAAUUUUAGUUAGGCAUUGAAUAAUUAAAGACCCAGUGGACUGCGGUAAUAAAGUAUGUGUCUGCUGGGGUUUCAUGGAGAUAGGAAAAGUGAACGUUUAAUCCAGUCUUUUUGUUCUGUGGUUGUGUACUGAUGCAAAUGAUGCCAAGUUCAGACUUAAUUCUGUGAUGUUACAGAAUACUUGAAAAAAUAUUUUUAUAAUCUAAAGGUUUUUUGAUGCAGAUAUGAAAUUGUUCAUGUUUUUUAUUUUUUUAUUUAUUGAGCCGCAAAUGCUUUUGACUACUUUUAUUUGAAGCUUUUUAUUAUAACAGAAUUUUUUUAAUUGAUUGAAAGGCUUAUGGCAGCAUAUGUCUGGUGCAACAUAGGUGGCUUCUUCCACAAAUUAAGUGGAAUAUUGAAAAAAAUAUAACAUGGAACAGCUCAGAUGGCUCUGGUCUUUUCUUGCAUGAUUUCAGAUCCAUGGAAGAGUGUAAAUUUCAUUCAAAUAAUUGUUGCUGGUGUCGCAAUAAUGCAGAGUUACUGUAUAUACAAGAGUAUAUUUAAUAGUAAAAAGUGCUACUGCAAUACAAAAUAUAUGUACAGUGUGCCAGUGUAUGGCACUCUAUUCUGUUCAGGUGUCUUAUCUUAGAUUUAUUGGGCCUGAUUUUAAAUGAGGAUGGAGAGAAACUUCACCAUUGCUGCCGAGCCAGUGCAUGUUUUUUUUACAUGAAAAUAAUUCCAAAAAAUCUUACCUAAUUGCCAUCAUUUUGUAGGUCCAGGUGUAAAAGUAUAUUCAAUUAUUAGUGAAGAAAAAAUAUUACAGGUUCCUUGCAGAUACUAAUGUUACACUUCCGGUAAACUUCAUAAAGUCGCAUGAAGGAACUCAUUUGAAAUUCAGAAACACAUCAGUAAAUGGAAAGGGAGUAAUUGGUACUUCAAUUUUGAGCCAACGUUGGGAGUUUGAGUUAUUUGAAAGAAAAUAAAUGGCAAACAUUUAGUUUGACUAAAUUUUUUUUUUUUAAAUCUGGAUUUUGGAUGUGUUCCUUCAACGGGAAGUGCAGCGUAGAAAAAAUUGCUGGAGACAUUUGCCAGUUUUAUUGUUUAGAAAUGCUAUGAAUAAAUAUCAUUAUAAAUCACAUUUAACAUGAUAUGUGCGUCUUUCAUUUAGGAACAUAUUAGGUAAUAUUUGGUAAUGCAUAUUAGGUAAUAUUUGGUAGUGCAUAUUAGGUAAUAUUUGGUAAUGCAUAUUAGGUAAUACAUAUUAGGUAAUAUUUACUGGAAUUAUUGUGUUAGCUGUACUUCAGUAUUGACAAGUAUUAAUUAAGAAAAUGAGUCUGGACAUAAAUCAGUCAAACUGAAAAGCCACUGUCUAGAUCACACGUUUUCAAAGAUCUGAGAUUAUUCAAGGCCUAUUUGACACGAUGUAUGUUGCACCCCUUCACCCUAUGAAAUACUGCUACACUACGGUGCUGUAGGACAUUGGAUGUGGCGAAACUGCUGGAGGGCAGUGUUCAAUAUAUGGCAGUCUAGAUGUGGGGUAAAAAAUAGUCUGGGACAUAUACAAUGCUUAAUAUCCCACAUCCUUUCACAAAAGAUUCAAUGAAGAAGUGAAGUACCAGUCAUUUUUCCUGACAAAAAUUUACAAUCUAACUUUAACCGCUUGUUGCCUGAUUUAUGUUAAACAAAGCUGGCAACUCCUUCCCAUUUUUGGUUCUUUUAAUAGAUCAACAUUACUGUUGCAUUAAAAAUCUAAAUGCUUGUAUUCAGACUAAAAUGUAAAUGCACACUUAGUAAUGUGUAGUUUAGAGAGGUGGUAUAGACUUGUGUUUAAGUUUAUAAACAGACUUACCAUAGAAUGAAGGAUUGGCUAGAUAAACUAGCAACAGUUUGUGUUUAUGCUAAAGGAGUGCCGUAUUUGAUGCACUUCUGGGACUGGAACUCAAGUGUUCUGGGAAUUUUUUCUUUGUAGAUGCUAUCCUUUUAAUGUUUAAAGUCUGGAUAAUCAGCAGUUUAUUUAAACAGUGAUAAUUGGUCCCACAAUUAUCCUCAAUUGUUAGAUGCUUGGCAUUAUAGAAAUACCACCUCCAGUAUAUGUGGCCUUGUGAAUGCAGUCUGCCAUUCAUUGUGUUUAUGAAUGCUGCCCCUGACGGUUCCUGUACUGUUGUUGUUGAACUGUAUUCGUUUUAUUUCUGUGUUGUUGUUAAAUAUAUAUGUAUUUAUUGUAUUUUAUGUAUAUUGUGGAUGCAUGGACAUAUGUAUAUAUUUGAAACAAAACAAAAAUAUUUAUCAAGAUAGAGAAUGUACUGUAGGAAUAUAAAGUCUAUAUUUUAUAUAAUGGAGAUAGUCAAAGUGUUUUAAAUUAUAACAGGACAACAUUUGUGUUUGUUGUUAGACAAAAAAAGCAUGAUGUAUGACUGAGUCUACAAUCUAACUACCUUGUACAGACUAGUUUCAUUACCUACUCUGUGUCCUACUGGUUUUAUUGCUGUAACCUGCAUCCCUGCUUUGUAUUGCUUGGGGAAUGAGGUUGAUCUAAGCAUUCUGCUAUGUGAAGGUUGCAUUAUGGUUUGCAACUGUAGCAUUUCUUAUUCAAUGCUUUAUGAAAUAAAUAAUAAACAAAUUUUAAAAAAAUGAAAAAA